AUGGAUCGUCUCCCUCAAGAACUCGUGGACGCUAUAGUAGAUGUCCUCCGCAACGACCGCCGCAGUCUUCGCGCCCUUCUAUGCGUAUCACGCUCCCUACACUCUCAGGCCAAAGUCCACUUCUUCCGCUCACUUUAUCUGGCGACUGAGCGUUCUGUCUCAGGGUUCCAUGAUUCAUGCAUACGGUCGCCGGAUAUUCCACGCCUCGUCCAAAACUUCUUUCUCACUCUAUGGGACAACGCGGGGUUCAGGGCGAGCCUCGAGCAACUGCUACGAAGGUUUCCCCUUCCCAACGUUCACACACUCAACCUGGCUAUGUAUACCGAAAACUAUGACAUCAAGAAAAUUCCCGCUGCCUUGUUGUCGUGUCCUCUUACAUCACUGACUCUAAGGGCCGUUAUUUUCUAUCCCGAGGACCUACCUAAAUUUCUGAGAUGUUACCCAGCUCUAAGGCAUCUCGAUUUUUCCUCCGCUAGGAUCCCGACGACUAGUAUGGAACAAAUCGACCAGGGUACCGUACUCUCAAUAGAAGAUUUGUCGAUCUCCUGUAACUUCGUCCCUUUGUGUCUGGAUAAACAGCUAUUUUCCCUGCACGCAUUGCGCCGCAUAAAGCUAGCAUCGUUCCAGCUAACACGGCUGCAUGAAUGCCAACGGCUUCUCGAAAGUCCCAACGGGAUCCUGCAAAGACUACACAUCUACCAGCCUCAUGAUUAUGGUGAGUUCCAUUUUGCUGCGUUCAACCUCACGGCUCUUGACCAUCAUUACUCCUCAGAGUCAAGCUCUCGUCCGAUGCACAAAUUGGAGAUGCUGCAUGUGCCCUUCCUGAUCUUCGAAGUUAGCAGGAACGACAGAAUAGCGCUCAUCAGCAUGAAAUGGUUUAUCGACUGCCUGCGAUCCGGAAAAGGCCCCGUCAGGACAUCUCAAAUAAAUAUCGCUUGCUCGCCGUCCGGGAAGUUUGAUAGGAGCUUCCUCCAGCGUGCAGUUGACGAGAGCGUAUGGUCGUCGUUGGAUUCUCUGAUGACGACGACGCCGAGGUUCGCUGAUACGACUCUUUGUAUCUGGGUGGGCUACGGAGUCCAAUGGUACCCGAGGAAGCCCGAUUCGGAUUUGCUCGAAAUAACACGUGGGUUCAUUCUUAAUGCACUCCCCCGGUUACGUUUGGUGAAUAGGUUAGAGGUCCAUUGCAAGGUGCUACAACGCUCUUUCGACGAAGUGAUGUACUUGAUAGGGGAGAAGUAG